UUUGGGACACCGGCAUUUCUAUGAGUCAUCGCCCUGCGCACACAGUACGUACUGUAGUGAGCUGUCGUUAUCUACCGUUCACUUACAACAGUCGGAUUUGGAGCCACGCAUUUCUCACUCAUUGCCUGACAGGAUUGAGAUGUUACAUUUUAGGGUUUCGACAAUCUUGAAGGAGUCUUUUGAAGCCACCCUCAAGCGUCCUUUCCCCGCCGUUUAUCAGAAGAGCUGGUUGCCGACCCGCCGCCGUCGCUGCUGCUGCUUCAGUACUGUCUCAUGUGAUGCCAGACUUGUGUCCUCUCGGCUGAAUGUUCUCCACAUUGCUUCGCUCCGCACCGCACCCUGUGCCACCCCGGCCCGCUUGUACUGUGUGAAAACUGAAGGCGCCGCCGUGGAACCCGAUGAGCACGUGAAGAAGGAUGGUUCUGGUAGCGAAGAAAACGAGAAGAGAAAAGGAAUUCUUCCGAGUUUGGAAGAUUUGCUCUUCUACACGGUCGCAGAGGGUCAGGAGAAGAUUCCUGCUCAUAAGUUCUUGACUGCACUUAAAGCUACUGGGCUCCGCACAGGAGAUCCUCGUCUGAAGGAAUGCAUGGACACACUGAAGGACACUUUAAAGAAGACAGCAGAUGGCGUGACGCUCGACAGGCACUUGUUCAAGAAGUGUGUCCAGAGCAACAUUGUCCUGCUUACACAGGCUUUCCGCAAGAAGUUCGUCAUCCCUGACUUCCAGUCCUUCACCUCCCAUAUUGAUGAGCUUUAUGAGAAUGCCAAAAAUCUCUCUGGAGGACAGGUCGCAGACUACAUUCCCCAGCUUGCUAAAUUCAGCCCUGACCUGUGGGCUGUUUCCCUGUGCACAGUUGAUGGACAGAGACACACGGUGGGAGACACCAAGGUUCCGUUCUGCCUGCAGUCUUGUGUCAAGCCUCUCAAGUAUGCCGUUGCUGUUAAUGAUCACGGCACUCAGUACGUGCACAGUUUCAUAGGGAAGGAGCCCAGUGGUCUGCGCUUUAAUAAGCUUUUCCUCAAUGAAGAUGAUAAGCCCCACAACCCAAUGGUGAACGCUGGAGCUAUAGUUUGUACCUCACUGCUGAAGCAAAACGUAAGCAAUGCGGAAAGAUUUGACUAUGUCAUGAAUUUUCUAAAGAAGAUGGCAGGGAAUGAGUAUGUGGGUUUUAGCAAUGCCACAUUUCAGUCGGAGCGUGAGUCAGGAGACCGGAACUUUGCUAUUGGUUACUACCUGAAAGAAAAAAAGUGUUUCCCAGAGGGAACAGACAUGACAUCUGUGCUGGACUUGUAUUUUCAACUGUGCUCCAUUGAAGUGACCUGCGAAAGUGCUAGCGUCAUGGCAGCCACCCUGGCCAAUGGUGGCAUCUGCCCAAUCACAGGCGAGCGCGUGCUGACCCCAGAGGCCGUGAGGAACACCCUGAGUCUCAUGCACUCCUGCGGAAUGUAUGAUUUCUCGGGACAGUUUGCUUUCCAUGUCGGACUGCCUGCAAAGUCUGGAGUCUCGGGGGGCAUCUUGCUAGUUGUGCCCAAUGUGAUGGGCAUCGUGUGCUGGUCACCACCACUCGACAAGCUUGGCAACUCAGUAAGAGGAAUCCAGUUUUGCCUGGACCUGGUUGAACUUUUUAACUUUCAUAACUAUGACAACCUGAGGCACUUUGCCAAGAAGCAUGAUCCUCGCAGAGAGGGAGGCGACCAGAGGGUAAGGACACCACACUCUUUGAUCAACACACCUAUGGACCUAUGGAUUAUGAGAGCCUUCAACAAGAGCUAGCUCUGAAAGCCCCCCUUUGGAAAAAAGUCUCUCCCACUGAGUCAAACCAGGACAGCCUCACCACUGUAGUCUAUAGGAUGGACAAAGUCGGCGAGUGAAACCUAUAAGACACCCACACCCCCAACCUCACUCUUGCAACAAGAACUCCACCUAUUUUUGUCACUCAAAUGUAUAUAAGUAAUGUAAAAGAUUAUUUAUUUUAUGUAAAGUGGUUUCUUUUUGCAGAUGGGGUGAUCUAAUUUUUAUUUCAUGGAGAGAGAAAAAAACUAGAUUUAAAGUUGUUUUUGUUUUUUUGCAUUGAAUUCCUAAUGAGCCUCAACCUGUUUGUUUAGAACCGGAUGUUCAGUUUACAGGUUGAGCUUCUGCUUUAUCUCCACUGCCAUUUUGCAUAUUAGCCUUUCCUCAUUUGUUUCUGUUUUUUCUGAAGGUGGAAAAGUGAUUUAAUUUUUAAGGAGAAAAAAAAAUCAACCAACCAAUAUGGAAAAAAAGGAAGAAUAUGUCCUGGACAUAAAGCUGACAUUAAAACCAGUACAUUUAAAAUGUAUCUGCACAUGAUUAGAAAAGUAUGCUGCAAGGGCGUAUUCAGAGAUGUGCCUGUCCAGAUUAAACAGAGAUCAUCAUCGAUCAGGUUUGGAGGAGUAUUUUAGGAGUGCAGCUGGAGUUUAAAAAAAAAAAAAAUCCAUUAUUUUAACAAAUGCUUUAUUCAGCCAAACAGCAGCUGACUUUUUCUACGUUUCCUCUUGAAGUUUACCUUGACUUCAUUUUUAUUACUCUAGGCUGUUACUCAGUGAGAAAAGGUGCAGUAAGAUUUUGGUGCACACUUGUGCACUGUUGGUUUUGUCAUGUACCGGUAUGUCCAGCUCUGACGGAAUGAUCUAUAGCAUUUUAGAAAGGUUGUGUAAACCUGUAACAAAAGCGUGAGACUCAUUCUGAUAACAAAGGUUGCAAAAAUAGAAGUUGUGCUGCUCAAAGCAGGCAGCUUUGGAGUUUGUUUCACAUGUUUUCUCAGAGCAUUGUUGUGGUGCAUGUUUAACAUGUGUGUGUGUGUGUGUGUGUGUUAAGUCUAUAAAUGUGCCUACUUUCUACUAAGAAAUUCUAAAUUCUGGCAAAACAAUCGCUGAUUUUGUGUUAAAAUUUAAAGUGAAAAGCUUUUGACCUUUUGUGCUUUAUUAAAGACAACAGUUUUUAAAAAAAAAUAUUUGCAGAGACUGGAUGUAAAACAUGCAUCUGUCAUUAAUGAAAAAAUUGCUGUUAAAAAGAACUUGACACAUUCCUGUGUCAUUAAUCAGCCACGAGCUGUCCUGUGCUGUUCAUCCAGUCUAUUAUUUUAAAAAGGUGUAGCCAUGUGAAGGCAUGUGCAUUUUGAAAAGCAGGUUUUUUUUUACACAAGGAAAUGUCUAAGCACCAGUACAGUUUCCAGUGAUUCAUUUAACGAGUCACACAAAUGACACAAAUAUAAAUGUAGCAUAUUUCCUGUGAUCUAGUCCUCUUAAGAUGCAAUCUCUGUCAUUUUUCAGUGUUUUGAAAAAUUGUCUGCAGUUAUCCAAACUUUAUUAAUGCAGUCUGAUAGCUACUGGCCCAAAGUCACAACAAUUAUUCAGUAUUAUUUGCUCUGUAAAAGUGUGAUACUGGUUGCCUGUUGUGUCAACUGUCAGUAUGAAUAUGUGGCUGCACUUCCAAAUGGACGCAGCAGCAGGUGCAUUUUGCUUUAAGCAGCGACACUUCUUCCUGACGUAUCCUAACAUGUGUGAAGCGUGUGGAUGUUCUACAUUAAGACUCCUUCAGGGCAUGAAGCCUUUUGCACAUGAACUCAGCGGAUGCCUUUAUUAUUACUCUGAAAGGAAAGCUUUAGCUGUUUGGCAUAACUGUGCUGUUGGUUUUGAGGGCGUGACUGCUGAUCUGCCUUGAGACUGCUCUCUCUCAUAUAUGUUACAAUACAUUGUUGGACAUAUAUUUUUGUUUGUUUUUCUGUAAAUAAGGUUUAAUUCAUCAUUGUUUGUGAGUACAAAGUAGUCGUCAUUAGUGACUACCAGCCGAGGACAGAUGAGAACUUUUGCUGUUGCUGGUUUAGUAAGCAUAUUGUUGCUAUAUGAUAUUUUUUGUUGGAACAUUCUAAAAAACAUCCAGCUUUUAAAUAUUUCACAGUGAAGUUGAAGUUAUUGGUUCGUGUUUGCAUUUAUUCAAAUAUAGAAGUCAUUUGAGUUCAUACUGUCAGAGUUUAAGGACACGCUGCAGUUUUAGGAAAUCGAAAAGCGUUUUGAACUGAGACUCAUAAAUGCUUUAUAUGUCACUUGUGGGCGGCCGUGGUGCAGCGGUAGGGCGGUCGACCCAUGACCGUAAGAUUACAGGUUCAAUUCCCGCCUUGCACGCCCAUGUGUCGAAGUGUCCUCGGGCAAGACACUGAACCCCACCUUGCCUCUGGUGGGAGGCUGGCGCCAGUGUUUGGCAGUGGAGCCACCAUCAGUGUGUGAAUGUUUGUGUGCAUGGGUGAAUGGGGUACCACUAAAUGAACUAAAAACAGUUCAAGAUUUUAUUUUGGGCAUCAUAACCAUAUUUUCUGUAUGCAAUUUUAUCAUUAGAGCGGCACUUUGACCUAUGUCCUACAUUUGGUCAAAUUUCUUUCAGUACGCAGGUGGAGAUGCAUCUUGUUCUCCUGGGCUUUAGAUAUGAAGCUACCAGAUAACAGGGUUAAGCUGAUCUUCUUGACGUUUAAGGGAAAGGUCUUGUGAAAAUACGAGAGGAGAUGAGCCUCACUGACACACCAGUCAUGAUAAUCAGACAUUUUUGGGAGUUUACACUCUCAAUUAUCAAAUUUAGGAGACAUGACCAGAAGCUGAACUUGGACCAGCACAGAGGGACUAACUGAGAAUCAUUCCUACCAAUCAGCAUCCACUGUCCUUAUAUAAUUAUCCUAAUUUUGAUCAAUUACAAGAAUAAAUGGCAUCAUCCUUUCUCGUGGGAGCUGUUCUAGAUAAAGUAAAACUUCUCUUUGUUUUCCAAAAUGUAAUUAUUUAAAUUUUACUCUGUGAUAAUGGGGCCUUUGAAUCUUUUUACCAAAAUUUCCAUAAAAAUCCCUGUUGUUUGUUUUGUUUAUGCCACAUGUCAUGAAUGUUUUCAUUUUCUCUUCUGUUUUGCAUGCAACAUUUCUAUAUGCAUAUAAUUGUCUGUUAAUCCCAUCUUUUGAUGUUUUGUAUGAUUUCCUUGCACAUUUUCCAUGUAAGUGUUAAUUUGUGACAAAAUUGUGAUUUUUACCAUUUGUUUAACUGGAAAUUAAUUGUAAAAAUCACUACUUUAACAUUUGAUUAAACUGAGAAAUUGUAGGGUCUCAUUAUUAGUAAUGUCACAAAUAAUUUGGCUUUUGAUUCGUUACAGUCAAUAAUUUUUAAUCUAUUCUGGCAUUUUGUCAAAAGAAAAUCUUUAAAACAAUUCUGAGACCGUACAAUUUCCUUUUUUGUCAGAAUGUAAUUAUGUAAAAGCUCUUCAUUAACUGACAUACUGUUGUGUCUGCUUGAAGACCCCGUGACAUGUGAAACUGUUCUAAUCAACACUUCUAAAGAAAAGACUUAAACAGACAAAACAGUAAAAGCAUUGUUUUAUUUUUCUUUGCUGUUGUUGCCUUUGUGUCUCAUGCAAUAAAAUAAAAUGAAACACU